ACCCUCUCACACUCCACAACCACAAAGCCUUCAUUUUUAUUUCUAUUUUCUCCUUUUUUCACCAAACAAAAACAACAAUGGCGAUCGGAAAAUCAUCCAAGCUACCACAAACCGCCGUCCUCAAACAAAUCCUCAAACGAUGUUCGAGUUUAGGCAAGAAACCACACGGCGGUGGCUACGACGACGUUGGUCUCACCCCUCCCUUAGACGUACCCAAAGGUCACUUCGCCGUUUACGUCGGCGAAAACAGGAGCAGGUACAUUGUACCCAUCUCGUUCUUGACUCACCCCGAGUUCCAAUGCUUACUCCGACGAGCCGAAGAAGAGUUCGGGUUCGAUCACGAUAUGGGACUCACUAUCCCUUGUGAAGAAGUCGUUUUUCGAUCUCUCACCUCCACGCUCCGAUGAAGAUGAAAAGCAUAGCACGGCGGCAUCGUCAUUGUACGGCGCUAAGCUUCUUCUUUUUUAACAUCGAUUUUUCUGUUUUUUUUUAUGAUAUUCUGAACCCAUUAAUUUGGGUUUUUUUUAAUGUUUGUUUAGUGAUUAGGGAAUCUAACUUUGUGCCCAUGAAACUAUGAAAUUUUUUUCUGGGUUUUAAAUAAUUUGUACAAACCUUUGUUUCCUCACGGUUUGCAUUGCUGUGAGAGAUGUUGAAAUGUUAAGGAAAGCAAUGUUGUUAUCUCC